AUGGAUCUAAAUCGAAGUAUACAGGACACUAUAGAAAACUUCGAUAUUAAUGUCAUCAAUUUCGAUCUGAAUGAAGCUGUUGAAGAUGAAGAACAAGCUAUUAUUGAAGUUGAGGAUGAUAAUGAAGUUCAUGACGAAAAUCAAUUUCUAAUGAAACCUCAAGAUGGUGGAGAAAAUGCUAUUGGUCAUACAGUGAAAGACCACGUGAAUUAUUGUUAUAAACUGAAAAUAAAGGCCAUUGAAGGAGGAGAUUCUCAAGUAGUUUGUGACAAACUACAGGAAGCUUAUUCUGAGGACCCUAACUUCUUUUUCAGAGUAAGGUUGGAUUCAGAUGGAAGGGUUUGUAACUUGUUUUGGAGGGAUUCCAUGAUGCUUGAAGAUUAUAAAAUAUAUGGGGAUGUCACUGUAUUUGACACCACAUAUAGGACUAAUCGUUACAACCUCAUCUGUGCACCCUUUGUAGGAAUAAACAACCACUGGAAGAACACUAUGUUUGCUUGUUCUUUUAUUGGAGACGAGACCACAGAUUCAUUUGUGUGGUUAUUUGAGACCUUCAAAAAGGCAAUGGGUGGUAAAUGUCCUGUAUCACUGUUUACAGACCAAGAUGCAGCCAUGCAGCAGCAAUACCAAAGAUUUGGAGUUUUGAAGAGUGAUGAUACAUUCAAAGCUGCUUUCAUGAAAUGCUUGAGUGGUUGUAUUAAUGAAGCUCAGUUUGAAGUAUGUUGGGAUUCAAUGAUGACAAAGUACAAACUGAAAAACAAUAGUUGGUUCAAAAGGUUAUACUCACUGAAGCACAAGUGGUCAACAGCUCUAAGUAAGGACUUUUUCUCCGCGGGAAUCUUGUCAUCACAGAGAAGUGAGAGCACAAAUCAUGCAGUGGGAUUCAAAGCAAACAAGAAAACAAGUUUGACAGAAUUCUACAACAUAUUUCAGAAGACAGUGAAGACUUGGAGAAGGAAUGAGUAUUUUUAUGAGUUCAAUAGCAUAAAAUCAAUUCCUACUUCAAGCUAUCCAAUGUCUGCCUUACUAAAACAUGCUGCUGAGGUUUAUACACAUACAUUAUUCAGGGACUUUGAAGAAGAAUUCAACCUAGCCAUUGGAUCUCAAACUAAACUGCUAUUCAUUAAUGGAGACAAAAUGGUUUACCAAGUGUACCUUGAAGGCAGAGAUGGCACAACUCAAGCAGUAACUUAUGAUCCUGUUAACCAAACAAUUCAAUGUCCAUGCAAGAAUUUUGAAGAGUCAGGUUGGUUAUGCUUCCAUAGCCUUAGAAUCUUACACAUGCAUUCUGUUGAAAAAAUCCCAGAGCAAUACAUAUCUAUCAGGUGGACUAAAGUGGCUAAGGAUAAAGUUUGGGAGAGUAUUGAGGCAGAGCAAAGGAAGAAGGGGACAUUAAACAACUUCACACCCUGGCGGCUACACAUGGUGAGGAAGUAUUAUAGUUUAAUCCUUAAGAGCCACAAGUUUGAAAAAGCAAGGAAAGUGUUAGAAGAAAGAUAUGCAAAAGAUUCAAGUGCAAUUGAUGAGAUUAUUUCUGCUAUGAAGUCAACUGACAACCAUUCUGAGAACACUACAGGUGUAGAAAAGAAUUCAGAAACAACUUCAUCUAAUGUGGUUCAAGUACUAGACCCAGCUCGUGCAAAAACUAAAGGAGGUCAAUCAAAUAAAAGGAUUCCAGGAAGCUAUGACUACAUGAAAAAGGGGAAGAGGAGGAAACAUAGAGAAUUUGGUGCCAAAACACCAAAUAUUAAUAAUAAGUAUAUGCUUUGA